UGUUCUGUCAACAGCAACAAAAGCGACGAACAACGGUCUGACGCUACAGCCUUUGAAAUGGCGUUGAUGUAGUUUAUUACGCCGUUAUUUGUAGUUAUUCUGCUCGUAUGAUUCUCUGCAGGUUUUAGUUUCUGCUCCACUUUGAAAUUCAGGGCCUAGCCUUUAAAUUCGGGCAUAACGGAACUGAUAAACAAAAAUGUGGUAAAGCAAAUUGCCUUUAAUUUACGUUGCAUAAUAAGGCCGCAGCUGCCCCCGAGCUUGCGUAGGAUUAAACCCGCUUUUGGAUGCUUGGCCUGCCGCAGCUUGAUGUCGGCUCCAGAAUGAAUCCCAGCGAGCAUGUGUUUCAGGAAUCUGCAAGUGAAUAGAUGAACUUGGAGUUCAGUGAAACAUUAGCAGUUAAAUUACUGUAAAAUCAGUAACCAUUCAGUGCUUUGGUCCCUCACAUCUGAAUAUAUAUUUUACCUUCUCAACGUUAACAAGUGUUAAAAGCUAGUUUAGACAAACGGACUCAACAUGGCUUCAGUGCCAGUGUACUGCUUGUGUCGCCUUCCAUACGAUGUGACACGUUUCAUGAUUGAGUGUGACAUCUGUCAAGACUGGUUUCAUGGAAGCUGUGUUGGAGUAGAGGAGGACAAAGCAGCUGAGAUCGAUCUUUAUCACUGCCCGAACUGUCAGGUCUCACAUGGGCCAUCCGUCAUGCGUAAACGCCGCGGAGGUAACAAGCAAACAGAUGGAGGUUCUGCUGGAACAAGAGAUCCAAGUCGACCUGUCAAGACCGGCAGUGUACAGUUUGUCAGAGAACUACGGAGCCGCACCUUCCCAAAUGCGGAUGAAGUCUUGCUGAAACCAUCUGGGGCCCAGCUGACAGUUGAGUUUCUGGAAGAGCAUUCAUUCAGUGUUCCCGUCAUGGUGCUGAGGAGAGAUGGCCUCGGCAUGACCCUCCCUCCUGCAUCUUUUGGCGUCACGGAUGUAGAGCACUAUAUUGGUGCAGACAAAGAGAUCGAUGUUAUUGAUGUGUCCCGCCAAAGUGAUAUGAAGAUGCGUUUGGGAGACUUCGCUGAAUACUACAACAGCCCCAACAGAGACAGAGUGCUGAAUGUAAUCAGCCUGGAGUUCUCUGAGACGAGGCUUUCAAACUUGGUGGAGACUCCAAAGAUUGUGAGGAAACUGUCAUGGGUUGAAAACCUCUGGCCUGAAGAGUCAGUAUUUGAACGGCCCAAUGUGCAGAAGUACUGCCUAAUGGGAGUAAAGGACAGCUAUACAGACUUUCACAUUGACUUUGGAGGAACCUCAGUGUGGUACCAUGUCCUGAGAGGCGAGAAGAUCUUCUACCUGAUUUCCCCAACUCAAGCAAAUUUGUCACUUUUUGAGCGGUGGAGUUCUUCAUCUAACCAGAAUGAGAUGUUCUUUGGAGACCAGGUUGAUAUGUGUUACAAAUGCUCCGUCAAACAGGGAAACACCUUGUUUAUUCCAACAGGAUGGAUUCAUGCUGUGCUGACUCCAGUGGACUGUCUGGCCUUUGGAGGAAACUUCUUGCAUAGUCUUAACAUUGACAUGCAGCUUCGGGCAUAUGAAAUAGAGAAGAGAUUAAGCACAGCAGACUUGUUCAGAUUUCCCAACUUUGAGACUGUGUGCUGGUAUGUUGGAAAGCACCUUCUUGACACCUUCAGAGGUCUGAGAGAAAACCGAAGACAUCCUGCCACUUACCUGGUUCACGGAGCUAAGGCCUUGAACAAUGCCUUCCGCGGCUGGACCCGUAAAGAAGCUUUAGCAGAGCAUGAAGUGGAAAUUCCAGAAACCAUCAAUACUCAGACACUCGUGAAGGACCUGGCCAAAGAGAUUCGUCUGGUUGAGGAUAUCUUCCAGCAAAACAUUGGCCGUACUGGACCUCAGUUUCCUGGCUCGCCACUCUCUAAAGCUCCCCUGACUGCUUCACAGAAUUCAGGACGCCCUCCUGGAAAAAAGAAGGGGCCCAAGCCCAAGGAAGUCUUAGGGGGUCUUGGCCCCCCUGGAACCAAGAAAAAAAGUCAGAAAGGGCUGCUCAAAGCGGAGGCAGGAGAACUGGAUCUCAUUGAGAUCCACACAAAACAUACACUCAAAAAAUUUCAGCCUGGCAAAUCCAAAAAUGAGAGCAAGUUGGAGCUGCCUUUAGAGGAGUUUGAAGGGAAGAUUAAUAAAAGCAAACUGAAACUUGUUCUGACCAAUGGAAAAAUCCAAGGUAAGAAGGAUGGAAGUAGUAAUGGUGCAGGAAGUGCUGGAAAGUACAAACAUCUUGCCAUGGAGGGAUCCAGUCUGUCUGACUUGGAGUCUGAGGAUGAGCUGCAGAUUGACGAGACCCCUCCUCCACGACGUAAGCCUGCGGGAGCUAACAAGAAAAAGAAAAUGAGCGGUCUUCCCAGGAAGCUGCCCAGAGCCAAACCCUGCUCGGACCCGAAUCGCAUCAGGGAGCCUGGAGAGGUAGACUUUGACAUUGAGGAGGAUUACACCACAGACGAAGAGGCACUCGCUGCCCACGGGGUGAAGGGUGGUGCAGGAGGCAUUCUGGACCUGUUGAAGGCCAGCAAGCAGGUGGCGGGCUUGGACUCAGCAGCGCUCAGUGAGGAAGCACCAGCCUCUCCCAGUACCCGUGAUGCAAUCCAAGGUAUGCUGUCCAUGGCCAACCCGCCCUCCUCAUCUUCAUCUUCCUCGUCUUCAUCCCCUUUAUCUAUCUCUGGAGGCCUGACAGAAGGACUAGGGAAAGUCAAGGAAAAAGGUGGCAGGGCUGUAUGGGUCACUGGAGGGGUUAAAAAGACAGGAAGUGCUGAGAAGAAACCUGUUAUCCAGCGGCCUGGAAAACGGCCUAUCAAACGGCCAGCCCGUCAUCUUAGCGACGAGGAGAGUCCAGAUGAGCAGGAGACUCUGGGAACCUGUUUUAAGGAUUCAGACUACGUUUACCCAUCCCUGGAGUCUGAUGAGGAGGACCAUGCUAACAAGGCUAAGAUGAAGAGAAAGAAAAACUGGGAUGACACACCUUGGAGCCCAAAAGCCAGGGUGAUGCCCACCCUUCCCAAACAAGAGCGUCCAGCAAGGGAGGGGGCCAGAGUCGCAUCAGUAGAAACUGGACUUGCUGCAGCUGCUGCAAAGCUGGCACAACAAGAGCAGCAGAAGCCCACCAAAAGGAAGUACACGAAGAAGCAGCGUCCUCCUGCUCCUGUGGUCACUCCUCCCCCUGUUCAGACAGAGCCAGCCCCACCCUCACCACCACCUGCUCCAGAGUCUGCUCCAGACUUUAGCCCAGACAGAAGGAUGGAUUAUUUCUCCGCUAGUCUGUUGGACCAUGAGUAUACAGCAGGGCCGGGACCAUUUGGUCCUGGAGGCCCGAGGGGCAGUGGAGCUAUGGCCCCUGGUGUAUUCCUUACGUCACGCCGCCCUUCACUAUCUCCACAGAACAGCAGCCCUCACUCCAGCGUGUCCCCGGCAGGUUUAGCCAGCCAAGGCGCUAUGGGAGUCGGUCAAGGAAAACGUCCAAAGAAAGGACUUGCGACUGCAAAACAGAGACUUGGAAAAAUUUUGAAAAUUCACCGCAAUGGCAAACUUCUCUUGUGAGGGAUGUUUGAAAUAAGGCUGAAGACUUCUAAGGUGGAAUGAAAAAAAAAGGCUUUGCAAAAGGUAAUCUAAAGGAAAUAGAGGUAGUGAUCUAUAUUUUGUACUCUAGAUAAAUUUGUUUACUGUUUUCACUUGAUAUUGAACCUCACUUUAACUUGUCAUACGUCAGUUACCCUGGCAGGGAACUCCCACCUGCCACCUGUUUUGGAGCUCCACUUCUCCAUAUCCACAAAAACAGUUUUUUGAAAGGCAAAUGUGUGACUUGAAUACAUUCACUGAAAUAUGCUAGAUGCAACAUACAACAUCAAAUCGGCAAUUGGAUGUGUUAUAUGCGUUACAAAAUGACAGGUGGACAUUGGUUUAACUCGACUUAGGGCGCACUCACGCUAUGCAAUCCGUGCCGUCCAGUUUGUUUGACCAGUACAGUGUGUGUGCUCUAUACCAUGCUCAGGCAAACAUACUUCCUUGGCCCUGGCAUGUUUGGAAGAGGUGGGCUUCAGCAUUGAACAGUUGCUCAUGCAUAGGCAAUGUGGACAUGACACGCAACCCCUCUUAUUGCUGCAUUGCAUAAUCAAUAUACAUGAUGAAUGAAUAAUAACAUAAUGAAUAAUUUAGUCCAAAUAAAAUUGGUAUUUUCUCCUUGACAUACAUCCUCUACUCGAGGUCUAAACUUUCAUACCAGCAUAUGGUGGACAAUCAUAUUUCAGUGCGGUCAUGGCAGCCGGUCUUGUGUGAGUGCACCCUUUCAAUAGUUUGAACAGAAAACACAGUUGGUUUUAUCAGUUCAGUGUCUCCAUUUAUGCCGGAAAAAACUAAACAUUCACGGUCCAUCUGAAUUUUUUAAAAGGGAAAGUAACUCAACACAUUUUCUAGUAGGGUAAAAUGUUCCGUCUGUUACAUAAUCCCCCACACUCUCAUGUGGUAAUAUUUUUCUAUUUAGUUGUCUGUUAACUCAUAAAACACAUUAUUGUGUGGUAUGAUGAUAACAGGACAACAAUCUUUACACAGUAAAAAAUUUAAUAAAAUUCACUUGUAUGCCUGUGCUCAUCUGCCAGUAUGCCACAUGGAUUCAUUUAAUUUAAGUAAUUUUUCACUGUUUAAGGAACACAAAUACCAUCAUAUACUGUAUCUAUAUACAUUUUAAAAAGCACUCAACCAAUGCCAAGAGUUCCAUCAUAUGACUAUAUUUAUUCCGAACAUAUUUAUUUAACAAAGCAGCAUCUUUCCAUCUCUUCGCCUUUUUUAACCCAGUGUUUUUCAUCAGUCAUCUUUGUCUCGACUGCAUUUCUUUCAAACUACUUACUAUCUGUAUAAAAGUUCUAGCCAUUACUUUGUCAGAAUUUUUACGAUUUAAGUUGUCAUUGUAAAUAUUUGUAAUAUUUGUAAUUUAUAUACUUACAUUUAAAGAGCAGAAAGUAUUGAGAUGAAGUGACUAGUUUCCUGCAAGUUGCCAUAAUUUGCGUCCCAAGAGUUUGCAGUAUUCUUGGGACAGAUCUAGAGAUAUGCUUUCUUACCGCAGAAUGUACUAGUGAUCAUUUUGUCAGAAGUGUAGAAUUAACCAUGUGACAACAUUGUGAAGGUGCAGAAAAUUGAUUAACAUGUAAAUAUAUGUUGUAAUUUAAGUUCUUUUAUAGUUCCAAAACUUUGAAAUCUUUCGUAAAAUAACUUGUACAUGAUACAUUGCUGUAUUUGGAAAAUAUCUGAAAUAGUUCAUUUUUUAUAUUUGUACUCAGUAAUUGUCAUUCAUAGUUUGUCAAGUUGUCUUGUCCAUGUAAUAGUGGUAGUGUUUUGAAAUAAAUGCCCUUGUUUUAUUUCAUCCAUUUAGUUUUAUAUUAAUUACUGUCAAUAUUCACUCUUGUGUUGGUGUGUACUAUGUGUUUUUAAACAUGAUUAAUGUUUAAAUACGACCUGGAAAAGAUAAAAUACAACUUUGGCAAAA